AUGACAACCACAUCUACCAUGAAGAAGACGCCCACGGCGCGGGACAUCAUCUCAAUAGCCAUUCCCGAAGGCGAAGGCAUGAAGACGCAACUAGAACACAUCGCCCGCUCAAAUCGCACCGCAUACGAGAAAAGGGUUUGGACGGCCCUGUGCCAAGUACCCAGGGGCCAAGUCACGACGUACGGCAUCCUGGCGGCUCAUCUCAAGUCAUCGCCGAGAGCCGUCGGCAACGCUCUGCGCCGGAACCCUUUUGCGCCUCAAGUACCAUGCCACCGCGUCGUCGCCACCGGUGGCGCGCUCGGGGGCUUCAAGGGCAAAUGGCCAAAGAACGGGGAGGGCAUUACUCUGGAUGAGAAGAGGAUGCUUCUGAGGAAAGAAGGCGUGAAGAUUGAUUCGAGUGGCCGCGUUAUAGGGUCGCCGUUUUUGGCUUUUAUUUGA